AUGACGGGUGCGAUCUCUGACUCGUUGAUAAAUGUGGAGGAUCAGCUGACUCGUUUGCAGGAGCACUACCGGACUGUUUCGCGCCCUUCGGGCCCCCCUCGCCCCGAGCCCGACCCCGUGACCUCGUCCAACCGUGAUCUGGCGCAGGGCCCGACCCGCCAGCCCUCCAACCUCCUGAAGCGGCUGCAGGGCGUGGCCAACCGGGACAAGGGCGUGGGCACGAUCGGGUCGACCCUAAGGGGCGCGUGGGGGCCCCGGGCGGGCAACCUCCGGGCGAAAAGGGGGAGGCGCGAGCCCUCCUCCCCCGAGGCGGGCCACCUCCAGCCCUCCGGCAGCGUCAGGAGCCGCGGCGGGUCGGGGCCGGGCCACGACUUCAGGAGAGCUGACCUGGGAGACCCUGACCCACCUGGGCAGCCGCCGACGGACCCGCCAGCUGCACGAGGAAAGGGAAGGGACUCCGAGACUGCAGACGCCGUUUCAGGCAAGACGACGGUGGUGGAGGCGGAGCGGAGCAUCUCCCUCCUGAAGCGUCUGUCGGCGAACCCCGAGUGCCUGGGCUUCAUCGUCAAGAACCUCUUCGCCACCGCCUCCAACGUCAUCGACUUCUACGAGCGCUGCACCGAGAACCAGCUUCACACUUGCUUCAAUUCGCUCUUGCACAACUUGCUGAAGAACAUCCUCGAGCUCCUGUGCGGCAGCGGAAGCACGGGAGGCGGAGGAGGCGCAGGAGGAGGAGGAGGAGCGAGCGCCGCCGCCUCGGAGGGCGCGCCCGUCGAUUCCCCCGCCGCCGCCUCAUACAUCACGCCGGGGUCGCCGAGUGGCCGGAAGGAGGCGGCGGCGGCGGUGUGCCUGCUGGUGCGGCUGUGUAGCGUGUUGCUGUCGGGCGUGCAGGAGUUGCAGUUCACGGCCAUGUCCACGCUCAACAAGGUCAUCGACGCGGCCGUCCUGCACCGCAUCGGCGACCUCGGCAUCGACCCCGAGAACCACCUGCUGCCCCCGGGCUCCGAGAGAAAAGCCAAGAUCCAGCUGCCAGUGUUCUCGCCUCAGCCGUCUCGCCUCGUACGCCAGAACAGCAGAACAGGCAGUGUCAUGAGCGGUGACAGGAGCCCGAGUACAGUUGGCACUCCCGACUCCAUACCCGGUCGUGGCACCAUGGGGCACUUUGGGCAAUGGAUGCUCAUGUGGCGGCAACACACGGCGAAGGAUGCCAGCGAGGCGGAAAAGGAUGCCAAUAACACUACCAUUAUCGGAACGCUGGCCAGCAUCCCGGCCGUGUCCAUCCUGAACGUCAUGCACAACGCCAUCACUCUCCACAAACGAACAGUGGGCGCGAAGCAGCAGUGCACGCCCAGUCAGAGGCUGCGUCUCUGCCGCUCGCACUGCCUCCAGAUCCUCAGCGCCAGAGUCCUGCUCUUCAUGACGCACAGCCCGGCCAUCCAAUCGCAGCUCGUCGAGGAGAAUAGCCUGCGCUCAUUGGUCGCCGCUCUCGACACCACGCACGACCCGCAACUCCUGUGCUCCGUGCUGCAGGUCGUGGCCACGCUGGCACUCACGCCCCACCACCACCAAGCUCUCCUGGCCGCCAAGAUCCCCGACGCCCUCACGCAGCUGGUUCUGCCGUCCGACGAGUGGUUCUACACCAACCACUCCACCAGGCACGCCCGUUACGUCAAGCACCACGCCGCCCGCACCCUCGUCUACCUCGGCUUGCAGCACCGCGUGAAUCACCGAGUCAACGUCUACGAUCUCCUGCUGGACGAAGCACCGCCCCCGACGCCCCUGGGAGAGAGCUCGGAGGAUGACUACAUCAUGAUGACGUCGGCGCCGCCCCCGAUCGUCUCGUCGCAGGAGAAGAAGGUCCUCGGGAUGUCCGUCGAGGGGAUGGUCCUGCACACGCUCAGGACUCUCGAGAGCACGAACACCUCCGGCAUAACCCCGACGAGCACAACCUCCGCGGACUGGGUCAGCGAACCUCCUGAGUCGGCGAGAGGUCUAGGCGUUGGGUUUCGAGGCGGAAAGCGACUCGCCGGAAAGGAGGAGGGGCCUCUGGGGCGCCGCCUGCUGUCCUGCCUCAUGCUGGGGCUGCCGCUCGUCCUGCACCCGGUCAUCUUCCUCCGCCUCCUCCUUCACCGCCUCCUGACCUCCAUGCACCACCUCACCAAGUGGAAGUCGUGCACGUCGCGCUCGUCCUGGACCUCGCACUCGUCGGAGGUGUGGCGCGCGCGGUCCCGCACUUCCUCCUCGGAGACCGACGCCUCCACGCUGCGCAAGAGGCGCAGGGUCAACCUCACGCUCGACUUCGCCGAGGCCUGCCCCGAGGAGCCGCCCCUGUCGCCCGCCUCGCAGGAGGACCUCCGGCGCGUGUCGGCCAUGCCGUCGCGCGCCAACAGCGAGGACGCGCAGCUCAAGCUCCACCACAGGAAGGUGUCGACGCCCGGCAGCGCGCUCUCGCAGCCCGGCUCCGGAGGGAGGCGCCUUCGCGACACCCUGGCCGCCAUCAGCACCACCGACGUCAGCGUGACGCUCCAGCAGCUGCUGCCCGCGCGCCUGCGGGCCGCCGAGUCGCACAACUCCAUCAGCAGCUCGUCUAAGGGCACGACCCCCUCCAGCUCGCCCUCCAUCUUCCAGAAGAGGAGCUUCCGCUUCUCGAGCUUGCACAAGAAGAGGUCCAAGUCCGUGCACGACCAGAUCAACUCCUCGGGCUCGACGCCCAACAUCUCGCAGUCGCGCAACGACCUGGCGUCCUGCGAGGAGGACAUCGUGGCCUUCCAGAGGCAGCUGCAGAACCUACCGUCGUACGAGCUCAUGGACGCGCCGGACCUGCAGACCCCGCCCCCCUUCCGGCAGCGCUCGCGCUCCGUGCCGCGGGUCACGUUCGAGAGCAUGUCGACGCUGCUGGUACCGCGCCCCACGCCCAUCGGCCGCUCGCCCACCACCACCGGGGCCGACUUCAACACCGGCCUGCUGUCGACGCACCUGACGCUACCGCCGAGCCCGCACCUGUCGCCCACCACGCACCUGUCGCCGCACCUGUCGCCGUCUCGCUCCGCCCACAACAUCGCCUCGUCCACGCCCUUGCACUCGCCGGGGGUGACCUCGCCGCACAACUUGGCGUCGCCCGCGUCCUCGCACGUGUCCCAGGGCUCGCCGCGGCCCAGCUCGCCCUUCCUGUCCCCCGGCUCCCCCUACUCCCCCCACUCCCUGUCCUCGCCGCGUCUCAGGUCGCCCGCGCUCUCCCCCAUCACGCCCCCGCGCUUCCCCCCGACGCUGGCGGGGAACGCGGACGACGCCCCGCUCUCCGCCCUGCCCUCCAGCCUGCAGGCGGGCGGGGAGGACCUGCGGGGCGUGGCGUCGUCCAGGUCCAGCUCUGUCACGCCCACCAGGUACCGCCGCUUCGACUCCCCCGUGUAUAUCGUCGUAGACAUUCCAGCCGUGCACCGGGCGGUCCUGCAGUGCGUUGAGGAGUGGCUACAGUCGGGUGGCGUGCAGGUGGAAGGCAACCCGACCGUGGCCCGCGAGCUGAGCGAAUUCCUCACGCGGGUGGCCCAGUGCGGCGCCCCCUACCAGCAGUGGUGCGAUGACCUCCGCUCCCACUGGAACAUCACGGACAUCGACGGCAGCGAAGACGAAGAAGAAAGUGUGGAACAAAUAAACCGAGAUUAUUGCAAGGUAAGUGAAGUUUUUUUUUUCCUUUUAUUUCAUUUAUUUCGCUCGUGGAUGAGGUAAGUACGUGGGUAAAGGCGAUAUUUAAUCGCGAGAGAAGAAAAAUGGGGAGAAAAAAGAUAAAAAAAAAUCUGCUUGGUUGUUUGUAUUCCGCGAGACCCCCAGCGGAGAAUUUUAUUAUCGUCCUUGAUUACAUUUUUUUCUCUUUUUUUCCCCCCUUUCUUUCUUUCUUUUGGAACAUGCGUUGUAAUUAUACGUUCCGGGAAAGAGAGCUUUAUGCAACCAGAUGUGGGAGGGAUUUUUACAUGCUAUUUGUGAAACACGUGUGU